AUGAAACCGACACAAUUCAUGCCCUCGGUGGCUGCCCUCAUCGCCUUGGUCAGUCCUGUCCUGGGAGCGUCCGCUUCCAUCACGUCCGUCAUCCCAAACCAGGCGCACCAGUGCAUCCGUUUGUGCGCCUGGUACAACUACCAGGGCAACCUGCCCUUGGCGCUGGGCUGUGGCGACCCGUACGAAAACGACUGCUACUGCCCGACAGCCACCGAGUCCGUCAGCAAGGCCAGCGUGGCCAUUGAAAAGUGUGUCUCGUCGCGCUGCGCCGCCGGCGACCUGACACGCGACCUUACCUCCCUGCGAAGCAUCUACGCGGGGUACUGCAAGGACGCGGGAUACACGCAAGACGCCGGCGUCCUGGGCUACACAGUGGCGGCGUCGACGUCGAGUAGCAGCAGCGAAGCCGCGUCUCCCUCCAGCGCCGCCACUACCGGGCAAAAGACGGACAGCCAGCCGUCCAAGACCGGCGGGCAGGACGUGUCCACGACGACGCAAAAGACGACCGUGACGCAGACAAGGGCGAGUGGCGCCGACGGUACGGGCUCCCAAGUCGUCGUACAGGAGACGGAGACGGUGUUUGUCGAUGCGCCUGGUAGCGGCUCGAAACCUUCUGCGGCCGUCAAGAUUGGUGUCGGGGUUGCAGUCCCCAUUGUGGUACUACUCAUCUUGGCCGGGGCCGGGCUGUUGCUCUGGCGCAAACGACAAGCAGCCGGCCGCAAGGGGGCGGACGGUGCUGCUAUGGAGGAGCGCGGUGGUGGUCAGCCGGACAACGGGGCGAUGGCGAAGGACUGGCCAGUGGGCAUUGUUCGUGAGCAGCCGCCGACACGAGCCGAGUUGGCGGUAAAAGGGGGCGCGGUUGUACAGGGCGCUCACGAGGUGAAUGGAAGCCAGCGGUCUGAAUCAUACGGAUCGCAUGGCGCUCACGAGGCGAAUGCAAACCAGCGAUCUGAGUCGUUUGGGUCACACGGGGUUCACGAAGUCAAUGGAAGCCAGCAGUCCUAUUCACCUGUGGCCCACGAAGUGAGUGGAAGCCAAAGGGCGGGCUUGUACGAGGUAGAUGCUGGCUCGGGAACAAGAUUGUAUGAAGCACCUGGGCAGCCCGGCAGGUUGGCGGCUGAGCUUCCCGGUAGUCACGGACAACCGAGGCCGGUUGGAGAUGGCCUUCUUCGCUGA